CCCUCCGAGCCUGCAUCCAACCAGCUCACCCUUACUCCUUCUCCAGCUGUCUGGGUCCUGAAGCAGCCAUCACUGUCACUGGGUUGGAAAUAGCCACGGGUCCUGUAAUAAUGACUUUGAUGUUGGCCAUGUAAGCCGAAGUUCCUGUGACAGUGAAAUGGAGCAAGAAUCAACUGAUAUAGACACAAGGAAUACAGACUUCCUUGAUUCAGAUGACUAAGAGAACAGCAAUAGUCAACAGCUGCUGCAGCAGGAGCCUUACCCCGGGUCCCAGUAACUGGCAUCUUCCCACCCCCAGCAGGGUGUGCUGAGAGCCUCCCCUCCCCGCUGUAGCCCAAAGGACAGGUAAGAGGGCCAUGACAGGAAGCUGCUGAGGGAUUUCCUCUGCUUUAUCAUGGUGGACGACGGCAAGGGCAAGUAUGCAGUGGCCCCCCAGCACGAGGCUCCUGCCUCCCCCGUGGGUGAUGGGGCUCCCCCAGGGGCCGAGCAGGUAAAGCUGAAGAAGGAGAUCUCACUGCUCAAUGGCGUGUGCCUGAUUGUGGGGAACAUGAUCGGCUCGGGCAUCUUUGUUUCCCCCAAGGGUGUGCUCAUGUACAGUGCCUCCUUUGGCCUCUCGCUGGUCAUCUGGGCCAUUGGGGGCCUCUUCUCUGUCGUUGGGGCCCUUUGUUAUGCGGAACUGGGCACCACCAUUAAGAAAUCUGGGGCCAGCUAUGCCUACAUCCUGGAGGCCUUCGGGGGACUUCUUGCCUUCAUCCGCCUCUGGACCUCCUUGCUCAUCAUUGAACCCAGCAGCCAGGCUGUUAUCGCCAUCACCUUUGCCAACUACAUGGUGCAGCCCCUCUUCCCAAGCUGCCAUGCUCCCUAUGCUGCCAGCCGCCUGCUCGCUGCUGCCUGCAUUUGUCUCUUAACCUUCAUUAAUUGCGCCUAUGUCAAGUGGGGAACAGUGGUACAAGAUAUUUUCACCUAUGCUAAAGUAUUGGCGCUGAUUGCGGUCAUCAUUGCUGGCAUUGUUGGACUCGGCCAGGGAGCCUCAGCUAACUUGGAGAAUUCCUUCGAGGGUUCAUCGUUUGUAGUGGGUGACAUUGCCCUGGCGCUGUACUCAGCUCUCUUCUCCUACUCAGGCUGGGACACCCUCAACUAUGUCACCGAAGAGAUCAAGAAUCCCGAGAGGAAUCUGCCCCUCUCCAUUGGCAUUUCCAUGCCUAUUGUGACCAUCAUCUACAUCUUGACCAAUGUGGCUUACUACACUGUGCUAGACUUGAAGGACAUCUUGGCCAGUGAUGCUGUUGCUGUGACUUUUGCAGACCAGAUUUUUGGAGUAUUCAACUGGACGAUUCCACUGGCAGUUGCAUUAUCUUGCUUUGGUGGCCUCAACGCCUCCAUUCUGGCUGCUUCUAGGCUUUUCUUCGUGGGCUCAAGAGAAGGGCACCUCCCUGAUGCUAUCUGCAUGAUUCAUGUUGAGCGGUUUACACCAGUGCCUUCCUUGCUCUUCAAUGGUAUCAUGGCACUGAUCUACUUGUGUGUGGAAGACGUCUUCCAGCUUAUUAACUACUACAGCUUCAGCUACUGGUUCUUUGUGGGUCUUUCUAUUGCUGGUCAGCUUUAUCUGCGCUGGAAGGAACCUGAUCGAUCUCGUCCUCUCAAGCUCAGCCUUUUCUUCCCCAUUGUCUUCUGCCUCUGCACUAUCUUCCUGGUGGCUGUCCCACUUUACAGUGACACCAUCAACUCCCUCAUCGGCACUGGCAUUGCCCUGUCAGGCUUGCCCUUUUACUUCCUCAUCAUCAGAGUGCCAGAAGAAAAACGACCUCGUUGCCUCCGAAGGAUUGUGGCUUCGGCCACAUGGUACCUCCAGAUCCUGUGUAUGUCAGUGGCUGCAGAAAUGGAUUGGGAAGAUGGAGAAGGGAUAUCCAAGGAACAGGAUCCCAAGUCUAACUAAAUACCAUCUGGAAAGUAAGAUGUGAAAAGCAAAGCUUUCUUGUCUCCUACUGGCAAGAGCUAAGGAAGCAGAACAGGAGUGCUCACUUCUUUGGAGGAACCUGUCCCGAAGCUGGGUCUAGGUAACUUCAUUUUUGAACUCGAUUUUAGAAAUGAAAAGUAAUUUAUUUGUUUUGCUACAUAUCAUUCCAGACUCUGUCAAGGGAUGAUAAAGCAGACUGUGGUGGAGAGCACAGCACCUCUGGGGCUGCCUGCCUACUCUUCUUUCUUGGGCCAACAAUGCUCCAAAUGUGUCUCGUUUAGAGACAUGAAGCUGUGACAGGUGCUGGACAACAAUAAAAGGAUUAUGUUCCUAAA